GUAGCUGAGAUUGUGUGAAAGUUUUUGCUAUAUACCGAAGAGGGGUUGUGCGAAAGGGGGUGGCUGCUGUACACAUACGUAUAAACACACACGCCAAGCAGCAAAAGGAAUCCCAUUUCCGAGACACCGAGAUUUGUUUGCAGCCGGACGAAACGGCAACACGGUGGUUAAAAAUAAACUGGCCGCCUUUGCCGUUUGGUAUUGGUUGGAGGUGCGUAGCACGCACAACGCGAGCAUAUUUUCCCCGUGUGCCAUCUUCUGAAUGGUGUUAGCUUCACGGUGCGUGCAUUUGUUUUGUUGAUUGCUUUUGCUCUACUGCGGGUUUCCAGUGCGGCAGCUUAAACGGGAAACCAUGACAACCUACUCAACCGACAGUCAAGGAAAAUUCAUUCCGGCUACCCAGCGCCCGGACGGUACCUGGCGCAAGCCACGCCGCGUUCGCGAUGGUUACGUACCGCAGGAGGAGGUACCACUGUACGAAAGCAAAGGCAAACAGUUCGCCCAGAAACCUUCUCUUCCACCCGGGUUACCGCCGGAGGUGGUGCAAAAGGCAAAGGAAAAGCGCGAACGUGACCGGUUACGGCAGCUGCGCGAAGAGCAACAGAGGAAGGAACAGCAGAACAAAAAGUUGCAACCUACCUUGCCUCCCGGGUUGUUAGCCGUCGAUGGUGCUGUGGGAAGCAGUGACAAACAGAAGGUCAACACGGCCAAGAAUAUAAACGCCGCCUUACGUUGCAAAAAAACACCAGAACUGCCCGACAUACUGUUGGAACAGCGACCGGUGGUUAAAACAAAGCAACCACCGCAGCAACAACACGCAAAAUCAUCACAACAAAAGCCCGCCGCCGCUUGCAACAGUGAUAGCGCCGUGGAGGAACUGGCAAGCGCCUUCGCUUCCGGUGCACAGCUAAAGCAACAAUCCCCAACAACAACAGCGACACCUUCGGUUGAAGGAGCCGAAGGUCAGCAGUUGGAGGUAGCGAAAAAGCUACGUAAGCUCCGGAAGAAGAUACGUGAAAUCGAAGCAAUCGAAUCAAAGCUAAUGUCUACCGACGGGCCAAAGCUGGACAAGGACCAGCUAGAAAAGGUGAAACGGAAACCGGACAUACUGCAGGAGAUUGAAGAGCUUGAAGUGCAAUAUUCAGCCGGUGCCAUGUGAUGAUAAAAAGCGAUGAUAAGUCAAAUGGGUCCGACCUUAGCGGGCCCCUUUACGUGGUAGGAAGCGCGAGAGAGUGAACGAGGAACAGGAGUGUUAAGAAUGGUUGCAUUUAAGUUGGUAAGUAUCCUGCGAAGAAGAAGCCACAAUCCACUCGUUGUGUGUAUCCCAGAUUUAAAUGAAGAAGGUUUCUUCGCUGUACAAAUCCACUUUAAUCAAACUAAGGGUGGAUCGAUGCGUUUGAUAGCAAGCGCAAGGGAGCACUUAACUUACCACGUACGAUGGUACAGCGGCAAGCUUCAUCGACGGCACAUACACGCUUGCCAUCGUUUUACGUUGGGAUUUCGUUGGCUUGACGAAAAUGCGGCUGGAAAACUAAUUUCGUAGGCGCCCGUGUUCAGCAGGGGUGGGCUAUUUUCUGUCAAAUGAUUGUACAUCCUCAUAGAUUUAAUUUCAAGUUUCAUCCUUCGUUCGAUCGUACGAUUCUACUGCCGGAAUCUUGCUUUUACUUAUCCCUGUAGGUUUAAGUAGUAGUAGCUGCUGAAGUAGCAGCUAUCGUUCGCUAUCUGUUUUGCGUAACAUACGGCCUACGACUACGCUCUAUAGUGCAUAAUUUCGAUGCUUUAUUUGCCCUUUCUCCAACAAGCGGAAGCACCGUCCCCGUGUAAUAGUUGAUUGUGGAUCUUUUAGUUUUUCUUUUACUUCACAGUCCAACCAUCUUGUGGACUGACUAGCAGUAACAGCUCUUACAUGUAAGCAGUUUUCGUGUAGUAAGUACGUAGGCUUAAGAUUAAACUAGUGCUAGGGAUAAGUUUUAACGUAAAUUGUUAAAUGAUAUAAAAAGAAGAAAGAGAAUACGAUGGGAAGAGCUGGAAAAAACACACGGUUGAGUUAGAACACGAAAAGUCAAUAAACGUUUUAAGGACCAA